GCUGCGAAUAAUGGAAGAUGGCUCGAACACAGGUAGCCCAUCCGUCCCUAAGGUCGUAUAGUAGCUGAUUGACUGCUGCAGACAUGCGCUUCAGUGCUGCAGAGAUUAUAAUCCCAGAAGGCACACGUGGGCCGCCCCCGCACUGGCAUGAAAUGCACGACGAGUCGUUCCUCGUCAUGGAGGGCGUGGUGAGGUUCCAUAUCCCUGGCAAGGACCCUGUCGACGCCCAUCCAGGCGACUAUGUCGUCGUCCCAACUCGCAGCCCGCACACCUUCUCGAACAUCGGACCGGGGACGGCCAAGAUCUUCAGUACAUACUCACCGGCGUUUUAUGUUAAUUAUUUCAAGCUCAUGAGCGAGAUGUCGGAGGAGGGCAAGCCGAUGAGUGCAGAGGCCAAUCGCAAGGCGAUGGCCUACUAUGCGACGAUUCCUGUGGCUGAGCCGUGACGGCACUGAAUAUGGCGAGGAAUAAAGAGGAUUGGAAUGAGAUAAAAUAGCUGGACUCUAAUGUAUAUACCUGGAAAGCAGCGUUGUGCUUCUCGGCCACGCCGUAUACCAACAC